AUGUUCGCCAUGGACUACUCCUACCUCAACUCCUACGACUCCUGCGUGGCCGCCAUGGAGGCGUCCGCCUACGAGUUCAGCCCCUGCAGCCAGGCCGGCUCCUUCCAGUACAGCCCCAUGCGGGGGGGGUUCGGCACCGGGCCCGCCUGCCCCCCCCUCGCCUCCGCCAACUGCGCCCUGGGCGCGCUGCGCGACCACCAGCCCUCGCCCUACUCGGCAGUCCCCUACAAAUUCUUCUCGGACCCGUCGGGGAUCAACGAGAAGCGGAAGCAGCGGCGGAUCCGGACGACGUUCACCAGCUCCCAGCUGAAGGAGCUGGAGCGGGUCUUCGCCGAGACCCACUACCCCGACAUCUACACCCGGGAGGAGCUGGCCCUCAAGAUCGACCUCACCGAGGCCCGGGUGCAGGUCUGGUUCCAGAACCGCCGAGCCAAAUUCCGCAAGCAAGAGCGGGCGGCCAACGCCAAGGGGGCCGGUGGCAACCCGGGGGGGGCCAACGGCAAGAAGUCGGAGCCCCCGCGUUCUUCUUCGGAAGACGACGAAUCCAAGGAAUCCAACUGCAGCCCCACGCCCGACAGCACGGCCUCCCUGCCCGCCGCCGGCAACCUGGGCAGCCCCGGCGCUAGCCUGAGUCCCAGUCCCGGGGCGGGGGCACCCAUGGGACCCGGCCAUCCCCCCCCCCAAGGCCUCAAGGCACCCAUCUGGGCCGGCGUGAGCACCAGCAGCGGAGCCGCCAACGCCGCCGACCUGCUGAAGGCCUGGCAGCCCGCCGAAGCCGUGCCGGGACCUUUCUCCGGCGUCCUCUCCUCCUUCCAUCGGAAACCCAACGCGCUCAAGACAAACCUCUUCUGA